AUGGCGCUCACCACCGAGCAACAGACCUCGCACCUGUCCCGCCUCCAGCAGGAAAUACUCGCCUGGGAUUACUACCGCAUGGGCGGCGAGGACGACCCCGGCGCCGCCGCGGGCAGGACCCUUCGCGAGGUCCCAAAGACCUUCGCGUCGAUCAACGAGUACCUCGACGUGUUCGAGCCGCUCGUGCUCGAGGAGUGCGCGGCGCAGGUGUGCAGGGGCGAGGAGGGCGACGCGCGGCCGUCCAACGUCGCCGCCGUGCUCAGCUCCGAGCGCGUCGACGGCUUUCACGUCGUCAAGUUCGUCCUCGGCGAGGAGGCCAUGCGAGAGUUUCGAGACAACGACCUCAUCCUCGCGGCGAAAACCGACCCGGCGCCCGACGCGGAGACAAAGACGACGGGGAAGGGAGACAAGGACAAGGCGGUGGAAGAGAAGAACGCCUCAGCAGGGGGUAAGAAAGAUAAGAAGGGGGACGCCAAGGAGGACGCCGACGGCGACGACGAGCGAGCCUCUGUGUACGAGAACAUGUACGCGCUGGGUUUCGUAGACGGCCGCGACUCCCGCAACGUCAUGCGCGUGCGUUUCCACCUGCCCGAGGCGGGCGGCGGACAGGGCGUGUUCAAGCGCAGGGCGGCGCUGACGGACGACGACUUCACGCGCUUUCGGUCCAUGCGAAACGCGCUCGCGACGCCCAAAAAAGCGUGGUACCUGAUGCACCUGGCGAACAUGAGCACCAUCGCGAGGGAGUGGCUGGCGCUGCACGCGUUCCCGGCGCUUCCGUUCGCGCACACCAUCCUUGGAGGUAAACCUGCGGCCAAGGCGGCGCACUCGUCUUGGGAGCUGCCGGAGCCGCUCUCGAAGGCGAUCGAAUCCGCGUACAACGCAGACAGCCAGCUCACCGCUCUCAAGGCGGCGCUCGAGAAACAGCCCAUCACACUGAUACAAGGUCCCCCGGGGACGGGCAAAACCCGAAUCAUCCUCUCCCUCCUCUCCGUCAUUCUCCACGCCGUUCCCGGAGUCAAGAGCGGCCAGGAGAUUGACCUCAAGCGUUUCCUCGAGACGCGCGAUGAGCGCAAGCCCCUCUCACCCGCGGAGAACGCUUCGGUGCACCGCCGCGCCGCGCCGUGGAUGCGCGGCGUGUUGAACCCGCGCGAUGCGCCGCCGCCACCGCGGGACGCGCCGCCCGUCCCACCGCCUCCCCCGGAGAAGCCCGAGGUGGUUGGCGAGACGGAGAACAGACGGACCAAGGUGCUCGUCUGCGCCCCAAGCAACUCGGCGCUGGACGAGAUCGUCUUGCGCAUCAUGCAGUCGGGUCUUCUGGGUCCCAACGGCUCGCCGUACUCCCCGACGCUCGUGCGCGUCGGCGUGAACGUCCACCACAGCGUUGAGAGCGUCUCGAUGGAGGCGCUGGUCCGCGAGCGAGUCGGCGAGGUUGGCGACAAAGUCGCGGCGGCGGCGGCGGCGGCGGCGUCGUCCGAAAAGAAGUUUGAACGCGCGCUGGAGAAGGACCGGGUCAAGCUCGCGAUCCUCGACGAGGCUGCGGUGGUGUGCUCCACGCUCUCGUUCAGCGGGAGCGGCAUGUUCGCGCGCAUGACGCGGCAGUUUGACGUCGUGGUGAUUGACGAGGCUGCUCAGGCUGUGGAGCCGAGCACGCUGGUUCCGCUGUGUUACGGCGCGAAGCAGGUGUUCCUGGUGGGUGACCCGCGGCAGUUACCGGCGACCGUCCUGUCGUCGAUCGCGACGGACCACAACUACGACCAGUCGCUGUUCAAGCGGUUCGAGCAGUGCGGGUAUCCGAUCCACCUGUUGAAGACGCAGUACCGGAUGCAUCCGGCGAUUCGAGAGUUUCCGUCGACGCAGUUUUACUCCGGCGAGCUCGAGGACGGGCCGAAGAUGGCGGCCAAGACCAAGCGGCCGUGGCACGACAACAUGCUGUUCCGACCGUUCGUUUUCAUCGACGUCGCGGGGAAGGAGUACCAGGGCGGGGGUAUGUCCUGGGCCAACGACGAUGAGGCGACGCUUGCCGUGGCGCUCGUGGCUACCCUCGUGAAAAACUACGCGGAGCUCGCGAGCGGCGAGAAGAUCGGCGUCAUCUCCCCGUACAAGGCGCAGGUCAAGAACAUCAGGCGCCGAUUGGCGGAAACCCUGGGCGAGGAGCGCGCGAGGAAGGUGGACGUCAACUCCAUCGACGGUUUCCAGGGUAGGGAGAAGGACGUGUGCAUAUUCAGCGUCGUGAGAGCCCCCGCGAAGGGCCGCGGGUUGGGCUUCGUCGCCGACGAGCGCCGCAUCAACGUCGGCCUGACCCGCUCCAAGUCCUCGCUCAUCGUGCUCGGAAGCGCCAAGGCGCUCAAGGGGGACGAUAACUGGGGCGGCCUCGUGGCGAGCGCGCGGGACAGGAACCUCAUCGUGAAACCCGGAGGCAAAGAUUACAAGGCUUUCGUCGCCAAGCACGGGGCGACGUACGACGCCGACGACCUCUCGGGCUCGGAGGAUGAACCCGAGGAGGCGAUCGAGACGGACGAGGAGGACGCGUACGGCGCGGCGACCGGCGUCGAGCACGGCGGCGACGGCGGUGGAGGCUCGCGUGCAGGCGUGAAGGGCCACGUGCACAGGCCCGAUUGGCUGGUCUCGUCGCACCUCGCCGUGGAAGCGGCGGAGGCGCUUCGAAGAAACGCCGGGUCGCCGGCGCUGCCCGGCGUCGGCGCGGACGGUUUCGCCGCGAAAGGGGUGGAGGACGAGCUGGUGUCUGAGGCGCCCGGUAAGGUCGGGGACGAUUACGGCGGCGGCGGCGGCGACGACGACGGCGACGAAGAUCCGUACGCUCCGGAACCCGAAACGCAGACCAGAUCCGCCCCGCGCUCGAAGCGAACCCGCGCGUCUGCGACGACGGCGACGGAGAAGAAGACGGCGGCUGGGGAGAAGAAGACGCCGGAGAAGAAGGGCAGGGCGACGGCGGCGAAGGAGGACACGACGUCGCCUCCCGCGGCGAAACGCACCAGGUCGUCCAGGUAG